AUGAGCAGAUUCAAGAGAUUCGAUCAUCUCAAACCUUCUUCGUCUCUAUUCUACAAAGAAGCCUCUUUCUUCAGAUCCUACGCCCCUUUCCUACUCCCAUUCUCUCCAUACGUUGUUGAAGACGAAGAGCUUGCUUUUACUCUUGAUCUCCUAAACCCUAAACCUAUUUCCAGCCUCUUCGAUCUCUUUGCCCAAUACCUCAUAUCUCCUCCUUAUGCCCCUCCAUCGCCUUUCGAUCUGUUCGAAACUGCGACGGAUCUUAUCCAGAUUGAGAGAACCCUCUUCUCCUCCUCCAUCCGGAGGUUCCAGGAGCGAAAGGACACGUCUUUCUAUUUGAAGAAUCUUGCCAACCGGGUCUUUGCCCUUGAGCUCGGGUUCGAUCGGGUGCUCAAUGAAAGGACCAAUGGUGGAGAACGGAAGUUCAAAUGGACAACUGAGAUCAAGGCGCCGGAGAAGAAGAACGCCGUCGAUCGGAAGUAUACAUGGACGGCGGAGAUAAAGGGUGAGGGGCGUCAGUUGGAGAGGAACGCUUUGGAUUGGGAAGAAGUUGAGUUGGGAGGCUCCCCUUAUUCCCAAUCGUAUUUUUAG